UCCGGUGGCAUCAGCCACGGAUCUCAUCCUCCUCGCCAGCAUCACCACCACCACCAGCAACAUCACCACCAUCAUCAACAACAACAACAUCAGCUUCUUUCAGUCUUCCUGCAAGCUUCCACUCGGCUACUACCACCAACAACCUUUGCUGGUGUUGCUUCUACUACCGGUCGGAUAACCCACCACCCCCUCCAUCAUCACCCGUGUGGAGGCAGACGGACAGGGGUUGGUGGCAGAGAGAGGGGACCCCCCCCCACCCCCAACGCGCAUGCUGCAGAGAGGGAGAGACGAGGAGUAGAGACCGACGCGUCGGGACCGCAGCAGCAUCAGCAGCAUGGGUGCCCUGCUCCCUGCAGGGAUCUUCCUUCUCCUGCUACUCGCUCAGUUGUGCCGGGUGUGCCGUGCCUCCGGCUACUUCGAGCUGCAGGUGACCUCCGUGCAAAACGCGCAAGGCGAGACGGCGCGCGGCACGUGCUGCGACGGCGAGAGGUCCCCCGAUGGCCGCUGUGACCGGGACGAGUGUGACACUUACGCCCGCGUGUGCCUCAAGGAGUAUAAGACGCGCGCCUCGGGGGACGGGCCCUGCACCUUCGGCUCGGGCUCCAGCCGCGUCCUCGGUGGAAACUCUUUCCGCCUGACCCCGCAGCAAUAUGGGACCACUGGCCGCAUUACCGUGCCCUUCCACUUCGCAUGGCCGAGAUCGUACACGCUAAUUUUGGAGGCGUGGGAUCAGGACAACACCACUGCUGGAGGUUCGGGCGACCUGGUGGAGCGGGCUUUCAACCUCGGCAUGAUCAACCCCGGUGACACGUGGCAAUUGCUGCAACACCACGGCAUGGUGGCCAGCCUGGAGUACCGGGUGCGUGUGCGCUGCGACGAGCACUACUACGGGACCAGCUGCAACCGCCUGUGCCGCCCGCGGAACGACUUCUUUGGGCACAACACGUGCGACGGGCAUGGAAACAAGGCCUGCAUGGAGGGCUGGAUGGGCCCCGAUUGCAACCAAGCAAUUUGUAAGCAAGGCUGCGACUUGAUUCAUGGAUUUUGCAAUGUUCCUGGAGAAUGCAAGUGCCAGUACGGCUGGCAGGGCGCGUACUGUGACCAGUGCUCGCCGUACCCCGGGUGUGUACGCGGCACAUGCCGCGAGCCCUGGCAGUGCAGCUGUGAGACCAACUGGGGCGGCCUCCUCUGCGAUAAAGAUCUAAAUUACUGCGGCACGCACACUCCGUGUCGGAAUGGCGGGACGUGCGCCAACACGGAGCCGGAUGAGUACACCUGCGUCUGCCCCGAGGGGUAUUCCGGCACGACCUGCGAAAUCGCCGAGCAUGCCUGCCUGUCUGACCCCUGCGCCAACGGCGGCAGCUGCCACGAGACGCCCUCGGGGUUCGAGUGCGUCUGCGCUCCGGGCUGGACGGGACUGACCUGUUCAUAUGACAUCGAUGACUGUGCCUCGGAUCCUUGCGGGAAUGGAGGAACGUGCCGUGAUCGGCUCAACGAUUUUGAGUGCCGGUGCCCGCCACAGUGGAUGGGCCGCACUUGUCAGCUCGAUGCGAACGAGUGCGAGGGGCAGCCGUGUGUGAACGCCAAGUCCUGCCGAAACCUGGUGGGCAGCUACUACUGCGACUGCCUGCCGGGUUGGAGCGGUGCCAACUGCGACAUCGACAUUAACGACUGCCAUGGUCAGUGCCAGAAUGGUGGGACUUGCACGGACCUGGUGAAUGGCUAUCGCUGCACAUGCCUGCCAGGGUAUACGGGCCGCAGCUGUCAGCAAGAGGUGGAUGAGUGUGCGAGCUCGCCCUGUCUGAACAACGGGCAGUGCCAGGACCAGCUCAACUCGUUCCGCUGCCUCUGCCCAGCCGGCUUCUCUGGCCACCUGUGUCAGUUGGACGUGGACUACUGCGAGCCCAACCCGUGCCAGAACGGAGCACCCUGCUUCAACCUCAACACGGACUACUUCUGCAGCUGCACCGAAGACUACGAGGGGAAGAACUGCUCCCGUCUCCGUGACCACUGCCGCACCAGCACCUGCCAAGUGAUUGACAGCUGCACGGUGGCGGUGGCUUCCAACUCGACGCAGAGUGGCAUGCGCUACAUCUCAUCGGGGGUGUGCGGUCCUCACGGCCGCUGCGUGAGUCAGGGCGGUGGCAAGUUCACGUGCUCUUGCGACGAGGGCUUCACCGGCACCUACUGCCACGAGAACAUUAAUGACUGCACUGUCAAUCCUUGCAAAAACGGGGGGACUUGCAUCGAUGGUGUCAAGUCCUACCAGUGCAUUUGCCACGAGGGCUGGGAAGGAGACGUCUGUGAAAUCGACACCAAUGACUGUUCUCCAAACCUCUGCCAGAACAGAGGACGCUGUCGAGACCUGGUUAAUGACUUCUACUGCGAGUGUCGCAAUGGGUGGAAGGGCAAGACCUGUCACUCAAGGGAGAGGCAGUGCGACGAAGCGACUUGCAACAACGGCGCGACAUGCUACGACCGCGGUGACUCGUUUGCCUGCCUCUGCCCAAUGGGCUGGGAGGGUGCCACGUGCAGCAUCGUGCGGAACAGCAGCUGCGCUUCGAACCCGUGCAUGAACACCGCCACGUGCGUUGGCAGCGGGGACUCGUUCACCUGCGUCUGCAAAGAGGGCUGGGAGGGACCCACCUGUUCUGAAAACGCCAACGACUGCAACCCACAUCCUUGCUACAAUGGUGGCACUUGCGUGGAUGGUGAGAACUGGUACCGUUGUGACUGUGCCCCCGGAUUUGCUGGACCCGACUGCAGAAUAAAUGUGAACGAGUGCCAGUCCAACCCCUGUGCCUUCGGGGCGACGUGCGUGGAUGAGAUAAACGGAUUCCGCUGCCUCUGCCCCCAUGGACGGAGCGGCUUUCGCUGCCAAGAUGUUUAUGCCAAGCCGUGUCCGUGGAACGGGAAGCUGUAUGCCAGUGGUGCCAAGUGGGACGACGAGUGCAACCUGUGCCAAUGCCUCAACGGCAGGACCAACUGUACCAAGCUUUGGUGCGGCGGAACUCUGUGCCUGACCAGUGGGAAAGUGGUUCCCGGCCCCGACGCUCACCGCUGCCCCACUGGCCAGAAGUGCAUGGCAACGCCUGCCUCCUCAUGCCUGGCAGCACCGUGCGACUUCUGGGGCGAGUGCUGGCCCCGGCCCGAACCCACGAGAGUGAAGUGCCGGCCCAACCAUCCUGGCCACGCCGACACGGAGCCCUGUACCCGCCUCGCACUUACCCUCGACCUCUUUCAUCUCCAGCCGGGAACAUUGGUGGAGCACGUUUGCUCAGAAAUUCGUCGUCUCCCCUUCUUGCGGGAUCUGGCGCGAGAGCGACCGCUCUACAUUCUGUGCGACGCAUCCGAUGACUCGGAUGGCAAGGUGGCGGUGGCCGUGUCCACGGAAGAGCAGGUGGGCGGGCUGCGCGAGGGUGCGUUUGUUCGCGACGUGGUGGCACGGCUGCUGAACGCCUUGCGCCACGGCAACGGCACGGUGUUGGCGGCCAUCACGGAGGUGCGCGUGGAGACGAAGAGGUCAAGUCAAACUGCAGGCUCAGAUUAUCUGGUGCCAAUCCUGGUGUCCCUGCUGCUGGUCGCCUGCCUGGUGUGCGUGGCCACAUUUUGCUGCUGUUGGCUGCGGUAUUACCGGCGGCGGCAAGACAAACGUGCUGGCAUCCCCGAGUGCGAGGCUGGCACCGCGGCCAAUAACCAGGCAGAGAAGCUCAACCAGAUUAUCAACGACUUCGGCAGACCUGGCGGAGGAGGUGAUGGAGGUGGUGGAGAUGGCGGCGAUGCGGAAGAUGAAAGUUUUUAUAAGCUUCCUAAAGACCUCGAAAGGGUGGACAUGGAGGCGCAGGAGAUGGCGAAGUUGGGACGACAGCUCCAACCGCCGCCGCCACCACCACCACCGCUGGCGCAACAGGGGAAGUUCUCCAAGGCAAGAUACGCCCCCGUAGAGAGGGAGGAGCCCCUGAGCACCCCCGUGAAGCAGCCGAACCGGACAAAAAGGGACAACAGAGACUUUGAGAGCGCCAAGAGCCCCAUGACGGCCAUCGAUGUUGUAUAGUGAACAAUUGCCUUGAUUUGAACAAGAGCAUUUUCAUUAUUUGUCGGACUUAAUUGCAGCUCUAAUUAAAGAUGUAUUGAAGAUGUUGGACUGAUUCUCAUAGUGAUGAGGAUUGGGAUUGCAUUUAUUAUUUUGUGAGAUGCUGCGGACUAGGGCUUGGGGAGUUAAUUUUGUACAUUUUUAGGAGUGACAAAAUGCCUUUUUUUUACAUGUCAAAACUGAAAAAGAUCAAAUUGCAGAAUUUUUGCAGCAAUUUUGAAAUAUGCAGUUUAAAUUUUGUUUUAAAUCUUCCCAGUUUUCUGGUUUUUAAGCAAAAUAAAAAGGUUAUCCGCCUAAACUCCUUGCCUUAAUUAUGCAACGUUGCAUAAUCAACACUGAGUUCAUGAUUUGAGCUGAAGAUGUGAAUAUUGGCUUAAAUGAAGUAAAUGUUACAAAUGAAAAGUGACUUGGAAUAUUUUCACAACAACAUUUGAGAAAUGGUGCGGAACUUAAGUCUGCUUGUUUUUGUAAAUGUAUGUGUAUAUUUGAUUAUUUUUUUUAACUUAAAAAUAUGUACGUUCUGGACAAACUUCAUUCCUGUUUUGUAUUAUUUAUGCUUCUUUGAUUUUAAACUGAAGUUUUGUCGUUUUUUUUUUGCGACCGUAUACAAAUGGCGGCCUGAAUGCCACGCUGUGUGCGUUUUUUUUUCCCCCGAUGCAAUCAUUUCACUGUUUGGUGCAGCACCGACCAAAAAGUCUUCACACUGUAGUUUUUACUGACGAUCGCUCUAGGCUGAAGUGGGGGGCGCGGGGGGGGGGGGGUUCUCCGUGAGCACUGAGGGAGGGGGGGGGGGCACAGGGCACAGACGUUUUGGUUUUCUUGCCGUUAAGUUGCCUUCAUGAAACCAACGAUUUAAAAAAAAUGCCUUCCAAUGUUCACCCGUUUAGACUUUGACGUGUGAAAGUGCACAUUCAAGGGCACGUCUUCUUUGUACACUCACGUCUUGUUUAGUUGGUUUGCGGUAGGGAAGGGUGGCUUUGUGUACGAUAAUAAUUUGGAGCACGAACGGUGUUGGUGGUUAUUGCCUUCAGCAGAAAAGCAAAAAAAGUUUAUUUGUUCACGUGAUAAGAGGUGCUUCAUAUGGAUUGUUUAGAGCACUAAUAUUUUGUAAUAAAAUUAAAGUUGUAUAUCAAGAAGACCAUGUUUCGCUAUCGGAUACUGUUGAUGAAAAGUUGUUAUUCAGUUUGAGAUGCAUCGUUCGUUGGAAUCAAAUACUUUAUUGUUCAUUGUGCUGCCAUUCAGACCAAAUAGCACCGGUUGACUUGUUAAAUUUUAUGUAAACAUGACGUCUUGAACGGCUUAUUUAAGCCGGCUUGCCCAUUAAAUUUACACGCGUGUCUCGUCA